AUCAGACGCACAUUAUAGGAGCGAUUCACUGAUUUCCGUUCAAGGCAGUGGGCGGCGCGCGCGCUGUCCGUCUCUUUAAUGCGAUGUACGUGAAGAGCGCGAGUCCGCAACCGUCCAGCCAACCAACCAACCUGGCGGCGCGCGAGCCCGCUCUCCUUAAACCAACCCAGCAGAACCAAGCCUUGCUGAGCCAGUCUGUAUCGAGUCCGUCCCACACACAGAGGACGGGCUCAACGAUGUGACCUCUUAGCACAUCCGAUAAUUAAAAAAAAAAAACCGAAAAAUAUUUUUUUCCCUCCCGGCUUUUUACGUUGAGCUCAUCGACACCAUGGACUCUACAGCUCUGAGAACCGAUGUUUGCAUCUGCCAGCUGCUUCUAAUCAGCCACAUAGUUCUGGCGGUGGAGCCGCCGGCCCAAGGCCUGGAGAAACUCCCAGAAGAAAUGAACUGGUCCUACUCAGGUAGCCUGAACCAGCAGAACUGGGGGAAGAGUUACCCGUCCUGUAAUGGCGCCCGGCAGUCUCCUGUGGACAUCGAUGAGAUGUUUACCCAGGUCCGGAUGCAGUUCCAGAACCUGCAGCUAGAGGGCUGGCAAAUUCCCACAUCAGAGUCCACCACCAUCCAAAACAAUGGGAAGACUGUGGUCAUCAACCUGGAAGGGGACUUCUUUGUAAGUGGAGGAGGGCUGAGUUCCAGGUUUCGCGUAUCCAGACUCAGCUUCCAUUGGGGGCGCUGUAAUACGACGUCAGAUGGGUCUGAACACAGCCUGAACGGGAUGAAAUACCCUCUGGAGAUGCAGAUUUACUGUUACAAUCCCAACGAAUUUCAAAGUUUAGACGACGCGAUGGAGAACGGAGGACGGGUGGCCGCCUUGGCCGUUCUCUUUGAGGUGAGCCUGGAGGACAAUGGCAACUUCAGUCCUAUAGUGGAAGCAGUCAGUGGUGUGAGCAGAUAUGGUAAGAGAGGAUCAGUGGACGCCUUCACCCUGAGCUCCCUCCUGCCCAACGUCACCAAUAAGUACUACAUCUACAACGGCUCGCUGACCGCUCCUCCCUGCUCUGAAUCUGUAGAAUGGAUCGUCUUUAAACACACGGCGGCCAUAUCAGAAGCACAGCUGGAGGUGUUUUGUGAGGUGAUGACCAUGGAGCAGGCCGGGUAUGUGAUGCUCAAGGAUUACCUGCAGAACAACUUCAGGGAGCAGCAGCAGCAGUUCAUGGGCCAGGUGUUUGCCUCCUACACCGGCGUGGAAGACGUACCCACACCCACGUGCAGCUCGGAGCCACAAAACGUCCAGGCUGACGCUCAGAACGACACCACCAUCGUGGUGACGUGGGAGCGCCCCCGCGCCGUGUUCGACACCACCAUCGACUGGUACACCGUCACCUACCAGAGGCUUCAGGGCAGGGAUCAGAACAAACAGGAGUAUAGGACCGAUGGAGACCAAGAUGUGGGUGCCAUUAUCUCCAGCCUGCUAGCUAAUAGCAGCUAUGUGGUUCAGGUGGUGGCUAUUUGCACCAACGGCCUCAAAGGACGAUGGAGUGAUCAGAUUAUAGUCGACAUGCCGUUAGAAGACCCUGAAAGUGACUCCAGCCCCGACACGGUGACAAAGGAGGCUGACAACCACAGGGAGGGAUCAACUGUAGCUGGACCGAAGAGGCCAGACAACCAGAAUCAGCUGGAUGUGGCUUCAGAAGACCACAGUCCAGUGGAGGAAGUUCCAGCUGACCAGACAAGAGUCUACCAGAACCAACCUACACAACAUCAGAAAAAGGCCACAGAUCAAACCCAAAUAAACCAACACACUCCAGUCCAGUCCGGCAGACAGUUAACGCCAAAGACGCCGUCUGAAUCCGUCAACCUACAAGAAGCUCUACCGGACGAGAACAUGAGGGAGAACGCAAGCCCAAACAGGUUGACCCCUCAUGGAAGCAACCAGAACUGGAUAGAGGACGAUCAGCUGAUCCCAGCAAACUCACCGUUCACAAGUCCAAAUUUUGACAGCACCAGUGCGAUUUGGGUUAACCGGAUAACCGAGGAGCCAGGCCUUCUGUUUCCAGUUGCUCGGACAACCGUGCCACCCGCAAUUCGUCGGCAAAUCACAGAAGAGGCGUCAUUGUCAGUCUUGUCACCUCAGCCAUUAGAUCCUGAUCUACCAGAACAGGCUAGUGAAAACCCUCCCACUAAGUUUGAGCUGUUCACCCACCCACUGGAGGACAUCAAGGUCACAGACGUCUUCUAUGAAGACACAGUCACCAGCUCUCCAUUAGGGGUCAUCACCUACCCUCCAACAGGUUCUCCUUCUGUGGUUCCAAGUAACGAAGUGCACAAAGACUCGACGAUGAACCCCGAAGAGAGUGGAGCCGCUGUAAGCGAACCUCUGCAGACAUCCUUUACCUCAGAUUCAGCCAGCCCUACCUCAGAGUGGAUAACAGAAAACACGGCAACAGGGGGCAACACUCUGUCCGACUCCCUCUAUAAAUCCUUCACCACCUCCUCUUUGCUCAGAGGGCUGAUGCACACCACUCAGCCCCUGUUCAAUGCAGAUAGACCAAUAUCCAGGACUGAGGAUUCAACAGUUGACCAGUUUUCUGGCUUCGUAGACUCAUCCAACUCCCUGAUAGAGAUGAACUUAAACCCUACACCGUCUGUCUCUGAUAGGGAACUCUCUACACCUUUACCUCUCAAACCUAUCACCAAAUUCUCCAACAGUUCCCAUCUCUCUCUUGCCCUCCUGGAAUACUUGUUGAACUCUUCCCAGCCAAAUUUAGAACAGCUACCAAUCUCUGCUAUUUUGAGUUCCCAAGAUCUGGUAAAUACCACUAACUCUCUCUUUUUGCUGUCUAAUUAUGGAUCAGUCAUCGCCCAGCUAGCAAAGACAACCCAACAUGAAGAAAUCAGUCAGAACAAUUCUCUGACUGACGUAAGGAGUCAAGACAUUGUUGAAUUCUCAGAGCUGAUUCACAACAAUGAAGAGGGAUUCAGUGCAGAUACAAAUGAGGAUGAGCUUUAUGCUAAUUUAAGUAUGUCUUUACUUGAUUCAACGGAGGAGAGUGGAUUGGACUCUGGUCAUGACAGCAACAUGUUCAGUGGAGAAACUGGUGAAGUUGCUGAAGCUCAACCUAAAUUUUCAACAUUCUCAAGUUCAGCUGUUAGCGUCAAUGUGAAUUAUACUCCAGAAAACAGCUUAGUGCCUCAAAGUAAAAUAUUAGCAGCAAGAGGUAAAAUUGGGGUAAGUAGGAAACUGGGCAGUGAGAAGGAAAAUGAGAUGAGCGGAGAGGAAAUUGAAGAGGAAAACAGUGGAAGUCAUGAAGGCAAAGAGAACCCUGAACACAGAGGGUUGGUGUGUAGUGGGAGUGGCAGCGGGGCUGAGGAUGGUAGUGGUUCUGGAGAACAAGCGACUGCCGAUGAUCACGUAAAGACAAAGCAAGACGAUGGCGAUCAGGAACGUUUAAAAGCGGCACGCAAAAACAGAUUUGUGUCCAAGGGAAACGGAACACACAUCAGAAACAAAGUAUUAGGAUCUGAAAGAGCAGACAGUCAUCAGCUGACAUCCAGGGAAGACGCAUCGACACCAGACCAAGCAUGGUCUGUGACCAAUGACCAGAAUGUUGGGAAUGACAAAGAGGAUCAGAACACAACUCUGGAAAGCCCAGGUUUUGUACUGAGGUCUAGUGUUGAUACAACAGAGGGACAUACUGAAGAGGAAGAACCCGCAGAAGGAGCUGGUCAUGGAAGUGCAGCUGAAGACUCUUUGGAGCGUUUCUCAAACGUGACUGGGUCGUUUCAGACUGCAGGAGGUUCGAUGUUGAAGGAUCUUUUCCCUCUGCUCAGGUUCACUGACACUCAAGAAGGAAAACUGGAACAAAAGGGAGAGGGCAGCAACAGCAGCCACGAGUCUCGGGUGGGGCUGGUUGAAGGCGUGGAGAAGGACAAGAGGACAGUCAUUCCUCUGGCUGUCGUCUCCACUCUCACCACUCUCUGUCUGCUGGUGCUAGUGGGUAUACUCAUCUACUGGAGAAACUGUUUCCAGGCAGCCAAUUUCUACCCGGAUGACCCCGCGUCACCUAAAGUCCUGUCUGUUCCCUCCACGCCCCUGCUGCUUUCCACAGAUUGCCACGAGCCGCUGACGGUGAAGCAGUUUGUGAAGCAAGUCCUGGAGCUCCACAGCACCAACAGCUUCUCCAGGGAGUUUGAGAUUGUGAAAGAGUCGUAUGAGGAGGUGCAGGCGUGUACAGUCGACAUGGGCAUCACCGCCGACAGCUCAAAUCACCCCGACAACAAAAACAAGAACCGCUACAUUAACAUCCUGGCCUACGACCACAGCAGAGUAAAGCUCUCCAACAGCUUGGACCGAGAUGGGAAGUGUGGGGACUACAUCAACGCUAACUUUGUCGACGGUUACGAGCGAACGAGGGCCUACAUCGCGGCUCAGGGGCCGCUGAAGGCCAGCCGGGAGGACUUCUGGAGGAUGAUCUGGCAGCAGAACGUUGGAGUUAUUGUCAUGAUCACCAAUCUGAAGGAGAAAGGACGGACGAAAUGUGACCAGUACUGGCCGGAAGAGAACCAGGAGGAGUACGGCGCUUACCAGGUGGCCCUGAGAAGCACCAAGACACUAGCGUACUACACACUCCGGACGUUCACAGUCAGGGAUACAGCUAAUAAGGUGCCACAGAAGAGAGUGGAGCACACGGUCCUGCAUUACCACUACACCCAGUGGCCGGACAUGGGCGUCCCAGAGUACACUCUGCCUCUGCUGUCCUUCAUCAGGGCGUCGUCUCGGGCCCGGACGCAGGAGAUGGGACCCGUCCUGGUUCACUGCAGCGCUGGCGUAGGAAGAACAGGAACCUACAUAGUGAUAGACAGCAUGCUGCAGCAGAUCCAAGAUCAGGGAACGGUAAACGUACUGGGCUUCUUAAAACACGUCCGGACACAGAGGAACUUCCUGGUUCAGACGGAGGAGCAGUAUGUGUUCAUUCAUGACGCUUUGGUGGAGGCCAUCCUGAGUCGGGACACGUCAGUCACCUCUGACCUUCUCCACAAUUACGUCUCUAACCUCCUGAUCCCAAGCGCCACAGGAAGAACGCGCAUGGACAAACAGUUCAAGCUGAUAAGUCAGCGCCAGGCAAAGCACGCAGACUACAGCACUGCCCUGAAGGAUGGCAACGCUGAGAGGAACAGAGCAAGAGCGCUGAUGCCUGUGGAGAGAUCAAGAGUCUCUCUGGCGGCUUCAGAAUCCAACUCCACCGGCUACAUCAAUGCCUCCUAUGUAACGGGACACCACUGCUGUAAAGGUUUCAUAGUGAGUCAGACGCCUAUGAGCAGCACCGUGGAGGAUUUCUGGAGAAUGAUCUGGGAGCACAACACACACACAGUUAUCUGUCUGCCGGACACACACAAUCAGAAUGAAAAGAGGGACUGCUGUGUCUACUGGCCUAGUAAAGACCUGCCAUUGAUCUUUGAUGGAUUCACUGUGUCUCACACCGGGGAGGAGCUUGUACAUCUGACCAAUGAUGAAAGGGUUUUUGUGCAGGAUUUUACAAUCCAGUCUCCUCAGAAUGAUUGCAUCUUACACGUACGUCAGUUCAGCACCCCCUGCUGGCCUAACCCAGACAGUCCCAUCAGAAACAGCUUCGACCUCAUCAGCAUGGUCAGAGAGCGCAGCAGACACUCACAGGAACCCGUAGUCGUUCACGAUCCGUUGGGAGGAGCUACAUCAGGGCUGUUCUGUGCCCUCAGCACCCUGUUCAGCCAGCUGGAGGAGGAGGGAGCCGUGGACGUCUACAUGGUGGCACGGAUGACCAACCUCAUGAGACCUGGGGUUUUCAAUGACAUCGAGCAGUACCAGUAUCUGUACCGAGCCAUGCUGAGCCUGGUGAGCAGCCAGGAGGACCAGAGAGCCCUGCAGAGUCCAGAGACGAACGGGUCGGUACCGCUGGGCCAGUCCAACGCCACAGAGAGCCUGGAGUCGCUCAUGUAGCCCCGCCCAAACUCCCACAUGCUGGGAUGGAUGCCUGGGCCGGUCAUGACUGUGGAAAGUGAGCAUCAUAAUGCUUUAAUGUCCACUUGGUCAAAUUUAACAAUUUAUUAUAAUACUCUUCAGUCGUCUUUCAAAAACUGUAAAGCUCAUCACAGGGAAAUUGAGAUACAGCAACACCUAGAAAGCUGUUUGCUAUUUAAAGUGCUCAUUCAUCAUUUUUUUAUUUUUUUUUUUACAUAUUUUAUAAUCUGAAAACAGAAAGCAGCAGUUCAUCAUAUGAUGAACAUCCCACGUUUCCCGGGCACCAAUUGGACGCAAUGACUUUACUGAUUUUGUUGUCAACUUUAACCCUAAAGUUUCUUUUAAUAAUCAUGGAUAAUAAAUUAAUAGGUUGAAAUGUUUAUAUUUUGGUCAUGCUUAUGCCUUGAAAGCAACAGAAAAACUGUCAUCCCAUGUAAAAUACUGCAGUAUUCCAAAAGGUCUGAUUAUAGUAUUAACAUGUUUCGAAGAUACAGUGCAGGUCAAAGGUUAUGACAGAGUUGUAAUGUUUAGUGGCAACUAGCCAAACCUUCAACUAUAGUUUCAGUCAAUCUUGAAUUAACCAGAGGCCUAAUACACAUGUUUUAAAAACUAUCAUGAAAUUAUUUGCAGUGACAUCACGCUGUGUGAAUGCACCUACAGUUAAACUUUAUUUUCCUCACAGAAUUAACCAAACAAUCUGUUAGCAUUCUCUCUGGGUGUAUUUUUACCUUUGUUGGAGUGAGAUAUGAAAGUAUCUAAAAGGAAGCCAUGCUGUUUGAAUUCUCUAAAUGUUAAGGCUGCUGUCGCUGUUUUUUAUGCUGCUGAGUGCUUUUGCAUUGCUAAAAAAAGGGCUUUACGUUGGUCUAAACAUGAAGAACUGAAGCUUCUGUCCUGGUAUUUUGUUGUGUAUAGCCCCACUGUAUUGGCUUAGAGGGUGUAAAAUUGUCCAUUUGCUACUGCAGAAAGAUAAAAGCCCCUUCUCCAUUGUCAAAUCUCACUAGCUGGUUAAUAUCUGGUUAGGUUCUAACCAAAGUUGGGUCCUUCUCCAUUGGCAUCAUGUUCCUUACUAUGUGGGUGGGAAAGUAGGUGGGGUGUGAGCAUACAGUAGCUGUGGUCGACACUCCCACAAUGUCAUUUAUACCCUUGAAGGGCCAAUUUCUCCAAAAUCUCCAGAUAUAUUUGUUGCGUUCGGUUGAAGCUGCGUGUUCUCUUCCAUCACAAUUGCUAAAAACAUUUGGACCAGAAGGUCUGACCAUCUCGCCAACAACUAUGGUCUCAUCCUGGAUUCAAAAUGGUGGUUGAGAAGGGUUUGCUGACGUAAAUCCAUGGGCCAGUCAACAGAUGAAGUUUGUUGCCAAUCAAGGACCUGCUACUCCAUUCUAGAAGUGGUUCCCAAAAACAAACGCCGCAGGAUCUGCUAAUGUAGAUGAAUCUGGCUAGGUCUGACUGGCGAAGAACCGGUUAGAGCCACGCAAAUGGAGAAGGGGCUGAAGUGAGUAACGUUUUGUCUCUGUCAGUCUCUGUCCCAGUCCCCUCAUUUAAUGGUCGCCUGACCAAACUUAGUCUGAAUCAAGAAAAAGGGGGCCAGGCUGCCCUGCUGUUGGAGCCAUUUCAGACAUUCAGGAUGCUGUGGUGAAUGACUAUUCGUCAGUGCAGACAGAGUGCCUGCAUUGUGGAGCAUGAGAUUAGGUAAUGCUGUUGAUGCAGAUUCUAUAACAAUGAUGCAGAUGUGUGGGGUAUAUGUUCGGUGUCUCAGUAACAAAGUUCAAGACACAGAAUUUAUCAAUGUCUAAAAACAUCUGAGGUGAACCACGAUGUUUGCUAGAGAACCAAAAGCUGCUAAAGCCAUGUCUCUUCAGACGCUACUGAUAUAAAGCAGAUACUUAUUGAAGUUCCACAAGGAUAUGUAAUAUUCUUAAACUUUUGGGUCCUCAUUUAAGAAUAUAUUUUUUCUUUGGUUCUCCUUAUGCCAUCUACUGAGGAUAAUGAAACGGACGUAUCAAAGUGAAGCCAUGAUGUUUGCCCAACAUUUAAAGAAUUCAAAGGCGUUUCAGUUAUUUCAGGUCCCACUGUUGCGUCAUUUAAAGCUCUCGUAAAUACAUAUGAGAUCAGGAGUUACAAUGUGAGAAGAGUCUAAAUGAAAAUUGUAUUGUCUGAUCUGACCUUUGACCUGUGGUGAAAAACUGCAAAAUGCCUAACACAUGCCUAACAACGCAGAAUUUACCACAUCUAAACAGGAUGGUUUCUUUUUAAAUGGUGAUUCAUUAUUGUUUGAUAAAGAGGUUAGUCACAGAUUGGUUACCAAAAACAGCUCUAGUACCUUACCUGUUCUACCUAAAGUGGAUAUGCAGACAAUAGACCCCCCUGUUAAAAAUCCUGGUUAUAAUUUUAAAAAAUGAGAUGAUGAGAAACGACCUCAAAAUUUUUCCACCUUUAAGUGUUCACACCUUUACCCUAACCUGUCCUGAAGGACAUUUUAAUUUGAUGUCUAUCAGUCAAAUGUUGACAUGGCAACCCUUGGCAACACAAAUGGUUUCUGUCAAAUAUUGUUUUAUACUCGUGCUUGGUCCAAAGCAAUUUUUUUUUCCAUGAAGUCAUUCUUUUGUUAUACAUAACUUUUGUUUUCUGAAGUGAUACAGAAAAUUAGGUUCCAAACUGACAGAAAUUUAAAACUUUGCAUAAUUUCUCCCAUCACAGUUUUUCCAUAUUUGACUGAAUGCUGGGUUAAACCAGAACGUCCUUCUGUCUCCUACUGUGUUAAGGGUUUGAAUACUUAAACAACAAGGUAACUGAACUUAUGUCCAAUGUGUUUUUCUAAUCUUUGAAAAAAAUGAAGAAAAUAUUUUAGUUAUUUAAAACAAAUCUUGGAAAUUCCCCAAACCGUGUGGCGUUCAAACGAUUCAGCAUUAUUCGAGACGUCCAGGUUUUUGUGAUUUUCUUACAAAAAGUUAAACUUGUGCAGUUUCUUCAGUUUUGUUGAUUUANUUAACCGUUAGAGAAGCACAAAGCCUUUUAUGGAAUGUCCUUAAGUUUUUCCACAUGAUAUCUUUAUAUUAUAUUAAAGAUGGAAAAAGUUUUGAAAUGAUUUAUGAUUGGAGGAAUUUAUUUAUUUUGUUUUACAUCACAAAAACCUUGCAGUUUUACCAGGGGGUGUGUAGACUUUUAUAUCUGCUGUUGUGUAUUUAACUGAGUAAGAGAAAUUAGAGAAAUGUCAAGAUCAUUUUACAGCUGAAACCAGAAGUUUUCAUACACUGAACCAUAACUUUAUUUUCUUUGGUAUCUGAUAGGAAUGAGCCAGAAUUCCAGCCAACUAAUGUGAAUGACCAAACAGUUCAAAGGCAAUGCUGCCAAAUAAAGAAGAAAUGUGGGUAUGCUUGCAAUUAAAAAAGAUAAAAUAAAUCUUGCAUAUUUUGCUACUUUUGUGGCAUUUAGCAAAUAGAAAUCAUUUUGAUGACUCUAACUGACCUUAAACAAGAGACAUUUAGUCUGAUUUAACUUUAGACAGUGAGGAGAAAAAUGUAUGUAAACUUCUGGUUCCAAGUGUAUCCUGUAAAUCUUUCCAUUCCCUAUUAUUUUAUUUCUUUUGCUAAUCUGUUUUUCUCUGUGGGGUUUUCAGGCCUCUGAUAGUAGACUGAAGCUGUAGAAAUGAGACACAGAUAAGAGCAGAAAUCAUGACGCGGCGGAUAUGAGAUCAGCUACACUUUGUUUUUGCUUACUUUGUCUCCUUGCCAGUGCCUUUUGUAAAUCACAUUACUGUACAUCAAACCUCUUUUGGUUCAUUUCAACACCUACUCUGCUGUGACUCCGCCUGCUGAACACUUAAAAAGAAAUCCAAGCAGCACAAGUAGCAGUCUGAGACCAAUUUUUAUAUUUUCUCUUCGACGUAAGCAAAAAAAAAAAAAAAAAAAAAA